AAGGGGGCAUAAAUAAAUAUGUAAGGCGUCCCUGGUUUUCUGGAAAUUGUAAGGGGUCUGCGGGGCCAUUAAACGCAUUUACUGUAUCUUUCAAUAUAUUAUAUAUAAAUUUUAUUAAACAUAUCAACAAUUGCACACGCAAAAGUGAUUCAUAGAAAAAUAUUCAUCAUCAUCAUCAUCAUCAUCAUCACAUAUACACACUUAUACUUGCAACGAAAGGAAUUUCGACUCUCUCUCAUCAGUUUAUGUACAGGUACUGAUCUACGACGCGUGAGAAUUGAUCUACUUUUUUAAUAUAAUCGAUUAUACCUAUACAUAGACAUAUUGAUAUAUCUACAUGAUUAAAUAUCAACAGGUACAAUCCAUAAUACCAGGUGAUGAUCUAGUGUAUACGUGUACUUAAACUAAAGAAAAAAAAAACAACAAGAAACAAUAAUACAAAAAAAAAAGAAACGUCAAAAAAUAUAUACAAAUAACAAUAAUAGUUUGAUAAAUUUAUCUAAAUAAUCUGGAUUAUUUCUUCUCGGCGUUAUGCCGGUGAAGAGUAACAACAAGUCAAGGAUCACUGAAAAUAUGGGUGCUUCUGAUGGUUUAGUUGAUGCACGUGCUAAAAAAGUAUUACGUGAAGCUGUUGAUGCUGUUGUUAAUAGUUUUGCUAAACAUACACAAGGAUAUGGAAGAGUUGAUGUUGUUGAGGCACUACAAGAAUUUUGGCAAAUGAAACAAACUCGUGGUGCUGAAUUACGUAAUGGUGCACUUGUUAUUUAUGAAUCAGUACCUGGUUCAAGUCCACCAUAUGUUUGUUAUGUUACAUUACCUGGUGGUUCAUGUUUUGGAAGUUUUCAAAAUUGUCCAACAAAAGCUGAAGCAAGAAGAUCAGCAGCUAAAAUAGCACUUAUGAAUUCUGUAUUUAAUGAACAUCCAUCAAGAAAAAUAACUGAUGAAUUUAUUGAAAAAGCUGUUGGUGAAGCAAGAGCUAGUUUUAUUAAACCAACAACAAUUAAUGGACAAGUUAAUUGUAAUGAUGAAAAAGAAAAUCCAAAUACUGGUAUUGGUGCAUUUCGUUUUAUGUUGGAAUGUAAUAGAGAAAAAACAAUGCUUGAAUUUCAAGAAUUAAUGACUGUAUUUCAAUUAUUACAUUGGAAUGGUUCAUUAAAGGCAAUGAGAGAAAGACAAUGUAGUAGACAAGAAGUUGUUGCACAUUAUAGUCAUCGUGCACUUGAUGAUGAUAUGCGUAGUCAAAUGGCACUUGAUUGGGUUGCUAGAGAACAUGAAAAUGGUGGUGGUAUUGUGUCAAUGGAACUUGCUAUUGCUGAAAGAGAAUUAGAAACUGCAAGACUUGCUGGACGUGAAUUGAGAUUUCCAAAAGAAAAAAAAGAUAUACUUAUGCUUGCACAUACUCAAGUAUGUUCUCAAUAAAAAAAAAAAAAAAGGAAAUUAUUAUUUACAAACAAUUUCGUCUCACUAUGAAUAAUCAUUUUAGUUAUUACUUUUCUUUUUUUCGAUUUGUUAUUUGAUUAAUUAUUUGAAUUCAAGGAAAAAGAUUAAUUUUUUCAUACUACUGUAUAUACCUAUAUAUUGGGAUUGUGGGAUUAUAUUGUUGUAAAAGUCUUCCAUCAAAAAAAAAAAAUUAUAUUGUACUGUUAUAUUUUGGGCAUUUUUUUUUUCGCGAGAAAUUACAACUAUUUUGCCCAAGUGAUAUUCAUCGUAGACUAUCUUUUCGUAAUUAUUCACUUCUAUUUUAAUAAUUGAAAAAAAAUUUCGAUAAUUAAAAUAAGAUUUAAUUAUUCAAUUAAUCCAAUUGGAUUUAAUUUGAUCAAAUUUUAAAU